CUCAUUGCAUAGACUUAGAACACUAUAGGCACAAUGUCUUGGCUUAUUCCCUCCCUCCCUUCCAUCCCCGGCUGGUCAAGGCCAGCUCCACCAGCCGAAUCAGAAGACGACGAGCACGACAAGAAGAUCAAUGGCGAGGAAGAAGAAGACGAGGAUCUCGACGUCCCUCCCCAAUUCCCGCUCCCCAACUCGGCCCAGCGCUCGCAGGCCCUAGCCCCGCCCCCAGCACCAGCACUAGCUCUCGCGCCACCGUCGCCGCCAAGACAGCGCUCGGCGUCUCCGCCGUCCGACCUGAAUAUUGCAAUUAUCAACGACCCCAUCCCGCUCGGUAACAUGCCUCUGCCGCACAGCACGACAACACGGCCCGAGUUUGGCAUCAAGGCCGGUGGCGGCCUGGACGCGAGCGGCGCGCUCAAGCCCCCACCGCCCAAGAAGGUCAAGGGGCGGGGCAAGGUCGCGCUCGCGCCGGGCCACUCGGCGCUCGACUGGGCACGUCUGCAGCGCAGUGGGGCGGAUCUGCGAGGUAUCCAGGGGACGGUAUAUCUGCGCGUCACGAUGGAGGAGCUCAAGCAGCACAAGUCGCGUGACGACGCGUGGUCGGCCUUCAACGGGCGUGUGUACAACAUUACACCAUACUUGAACUUCCACCCUGGCGGCGCCGACGAGCUGAUGCGCGUGGCGGGACGCGACGGCACAAAGCUGUUCAUCCUCGAGCUGCCCCCGACCCCAGCGGCGCUCCACGCCCCGAGCCUCACCUGCCGCCGACUACACGCGGCCGCGAGCUCGCCGAUCGCGUGGGCGCGCGUGUUCUUCGCUGUGCCGGGGUUCCGGUUGCGGCCGGAGUUUGCGCGCCGCGUAGUGGCGACCGUCGACGCGCCGGGGCGGUGGGACGAGGACGGGCGGACGUGGGUGCCGGGCCGCGCUGGGCCGCCGGCGCCGGCGCUGUCCUGGCGUGACUGGCUCGCGCGGUUCCCGCGCCUCGUCCUCCCCGCGCGCCUGGUAUCCUUGCUCACAGGCGAAGCGGCAGAGGCCUCAGCGCCGGCCGGAACGCGGACCCCGAGCUCGGCGCCGUUGUCGACAGCCGACGCGCCAAUCCCAGUACACUACCCCACGCUGUACCGCGCGCGCCUGCUCGCGGGGGAAGAGAUGCGCGGCCUCGGGCCGCACGCGCGCUUUCCCUACGCUGGCAUCGACGACGAAGCAAGCGAGGAAGACGUGCCCGUCAGCCCGAACCACGUGUGGACGAUGGACGCGCACGCGGGGUACGUGUACGCUGUGGCGCUCAAGUCGCCGUGGGCGAUCAGCGGGAGCCGCGACCGCAGCUUCCGGGUAUGGUGUAUGCCUCCCCUGGGGGCGGUCGAGAGCGAGUACGGCCCCGUGCUUGCGUACACCCAUGAAUCAGCACACGAGGGCAGCGUGCUCAGCGUCGACUUUGAGUGUUCUGGCAGCGCGGGGUUCCUGGUCACUGGGUCGAGCGACAUGACGGCGUCGUGCUGGGCGCUCGACUUUGGGACUGGCGCCCAAGACGCGCGCGGGGACGUGUCGGGUGUGUCGGCGCACAAGGUCGCCACGCUCAGAGGGCACACAGGGCGCGUGGCUGCCGUCGCUCUGACACAGCGGUUCAUUGUCACUGGGUCGCACGACAGCACGAUACGAAUCUACGACCGCGCCACCGUGGUCGACGACGCGCCGCCGCUCCACGUACUCCACACGCACGUCGAGCCGCUGAGCGCGAUCCGCCUCGACCCGUCGGGCGGCGAGCGUAUCGUCACUACCGCGAUCGACGGGAAAUGGGCGAUCGUCGACCUUGCGACGGGGGCGGAGGUGGCAGGCCGGGGCGGAGGGCCAAAGUACACCUGUGUCGACUGGGCGGGGGACACGGUGGCCUGCGGCACCGUCGACGGGCAGGUCCUCCUCUACUCUGCGAGCGACGCCGCCGUGCGCCUCGCCAUUCCUGGCGAGCUGCGGCGCCCCGUCCGUGCUGUGCUGUAUGACGAUGAUGCGGGGAGUAUCUUGUCUGCCGGGCACGACCAACGCGCACACUUCUGGGACCUCGCUGGCCGUAGGCAGCGGACGUACGACUUCCAGGCGCACACCGUCUACGCUAUGAGCCGUGACGGGCUUCGCUUGGCCUGCGCCGCGGGCACAUCAGUCUGGUUCAUCACGUACGGCGCGGGCCUGCCCUACUUCGGCCUGUUUGCGUGAGCGAUCGAGCAAGCGGGCAACGUCGAUUGUUUGGUUCCCCUAGCGCUCGCUCUCUUGUUCGCCUCGCUCGCAGCGCAGGCCGAAUACACCAAUCGAAACAAGAACCCGAUCUAUUUGUGUAUUGUUCCGCACCACCAGAUCUCGCCCACCAACUCACACCCCCGACGCCCUGUCUCGGCCUGUAAUGCUAGAGUGGUAU